UUUGUUCUUCGUCCGAUCAUGCCUCAGCUAGAAUUCACACCCCAGGACUUCAAGGUCGCCGCGGAGACCAACAAGUCAACGUCACAAAUCCGCCUUUCUUCCCAGAAUGGCAAUUCCCAGUACGAUUUCUCUUUUGAAGCACUACGACCGGGUCUUUUCCGUACGACCUUCACCUCUUUAAAACACCAACUCCCUUCCCAUCGCUCGGCAGCCAUCCCCUCAAAAAAGUUGGAUGAAGCAGCCAUCAAGGUUGCAUCGCCGACGCCCAACUCAAAAAGCUUCGAGAUUGAGGGCAGCAGCAAAGUUGAAAUAGAUUGGAGCAACGGUCCACCACUUGUAUCCCUCACACUUCCUGGUCAAAAUGCCCCAAUACACUCUGAUCUCCCCCACCGAUCGUAUGUGACUGAUGGCACGGGGAUCGCACAUUACACCCGAUACAACUUUGGCACUUUACAUGUCGGACUUGGUGAAAAGCCAGCUCCCAUGGACCUUUCGAAUCGACACUUUGUGCUCUCAGCGACGGAUUGUUUCGGAUACGAUGUCUAUCGAACUGAUCCCAUGUAUAAACACAUCCCGCUCCUCAUAAAUGCAACACCGGAAGGGGUUGUAGGAAUAUUCUCCACCUCGCAUGCUCGUGGUUUCUACAGUGUGGGAUCUGAGAUGGACGGCCUAUGGGGUCGUUUCAAGGUAUACCGGCAAGAACAUGGAGGUCUCGAAGAAUACCUUCUUCUCGGACGAACGAUUGCCGACGUAGUACGACUCUAUGCUGAUGUGGUUGGUUACCCUCUUCUUGUGCCCCGAUGGGCAUUUGGGUACAUCGCCGGCGGCAUGAAAUACUCAAUGCUGGACGAGCCUCGCGCAGCCGACGCUCUCAUGGAGUUUGCCCGGAAGACGAAACAGCACGGCAUCCCUUGCUCGGGUUUCCAAAUGUCUUCUGGAUACACAGUCGCAGAGACAGAACCGAAGACGCGAAAUGUGUUUACGUGGAAUUACCACAGAUUCCCGGACCCAAAAGGUUUCAUCGAUGCGUAUCACAAGGAGGGCAUCCGCUUGAUCGCGAACGUCAAACCUUACGUUCUCGGUAACCACCCGGAGUACGAGAAGUUGAAGAAUGCGGGUGCUUUCUUCGUUGAUCCCGCGACGGGCAAAUCUGCGCAAGCUCGUUUGUGGAGCGCGGGCGGCGGCGAGUCCGGAGUCGGCGGUCACAUCGACUUCACUUCGGAAGCGGGGUAUCGAUGGUGGUACGAGGGCGUGGCUGAGCUAAAACGACUGGGUAUCGACUGCAUAUGGAACGACAACAACGAGUACACUAUCCCAAGCGAUGCGUGGGAGUGCGCGCUCAACGAGAAAUCUGUAACGCAAGAGCAGGGUCACGAUCUAGGAAACGAAGUGGGAUUCUGGGGUCGAUCACUAAACACCGAGUUGAUGGGGCGGAGCUCACAUGAUGCUUGUGUUGAUAUUGAACCAAAGGAGAGACCAUUCGUACUCACGAGGAGUGCCACGGCCGGUACUUUGAGGUAUUGCGCAAGCGCGUGGAGUGGAGACAACGUGACGAGCUGGGAUGGGAUGAAGGGGGCGAACGCUCUUUCACUCACAGCUGGCAUGUGUCUUAUGCAGUGCUAUGGACAUGACAUUGGCGGUUUUGAAGGCCCCCAACCCUCUCCCGAACUUCUGGUCCGCUGGUGUCAGCAAGGCAUAUACUCCUCGCGUUUCGCAAUCAACUGCUUCAAAACCUCACCGGAAAACAACAGCGUCGGCGAUGUGAUCGAGCCCUGGAUGUACGAGGAAACGACGCACUUAGUGCGUGACAUUAUCAAGCGCCGCUACGAAUUAAUUCCUUACCUCUACUCCCUCGCUCUGGAAAGCCACACAACAGCUACACCACCGCAGAGAUGGACUGGAUGGGGCUACGAGGGUGAUUCCGAGCUAUGGACAAACAAGGUCUUGACCGAUGGAGAGACGCAGUAUUGGCUCGGUGACACGCUCCUUGUGGGUGGUGUAUUCGAGCCUGGACAAGACACAGCUAAAGUAUACCUUCCCAAAGACGUCAAGAAUACUGGUCUUCAGUUCGUCGAUGUCAACAGCCCCGAUAAAUUCUACGAUGCGGGUCAAUGGAUAGAUGUAUCUGCCAAGUGGGACGAGAGUAUUCCGGUCAUAGCCAAGGUCGGAGGCGCGAUUCCAGUAGGACGGCCCGAACAGGUUCUCUCUGCCGGCGAAGUCGUCAACAACGCAAAUCUGCCGCUGGAUGAUUACCGCGCGGUAGAAAUCUUCCCACCGAGAGGUUCGUCUAACGGGAAGGAGUUUGUCAACGCCUGGUACGAAGAUGAUGGUAUUUCGCCGCCGCCAGCAAGUAUCUCGACGUUCACAGUGAAGUACAAGACGGAUGAAGAGAAAGUGUACUUGGAGUUCCAGGAAGACCUGCAGCCUGGAUUCGACCCGGCGUGGAAGAAGUUGGAUGUUGUACUGCCAGCCGGUGAUUCGCGAUCGCUUGUUUUCAACGGCAAAGAGAUUGUGAACUCAACAGUCGACGCAAAAGGAAGGACACGUUUUGGAGGUGGCAGUAUACGGUCAUGA